GCCAAAGCGGAAGUAGGAAGAAGCGUCCGGUCUUCUUGUUGUCACGCGUAGCUCGCCGCACCUCUGGCGUGAAGAUGCGCAUCGAAAAGUGUUAUUUCUGCUCGGGUCCGGUGUACCCAGGACAUGGAGUUAUGUUUGUACGGAAUGACUGCAAGACCUUUAGAUUCUGCAAAUCAAAAUGCCACAGGAAUUUCAAGAAGAAGCGUAACCCCAGAAAGACCAGAUGGACCAAAGCAUUCCGUAAGGCAACUGGAAAGGAAUUGACAGUGGAUAACUGUUUGGAGUUUGAGAAACGCAGAAAUACUCCUGUUAAAUAUAACCGGGAGAUAUGGGAUAAGACAGUGGAAGCAAUAAAGAAGGUGGAAGAAAUAAAACGAAAACGGCAGGCCAGAUACAUCAUGAACAGAUUAAAGAAGGGCAAAGAAUUGGAAAAGGAAGAGGUCAUCAAGGAAGUGAAGAAGAAUAUUCACCUCAUCAAAGCUCCACACGCAGGAAAACCCAAACAAAUGGAGGAGAAAAUGAUGCAGAAAUUACAAGAGGAUGUGGAGAUGGGAGAAGAGGACAUUUAAAUGUGCUGGUUUUGUGUGACUACAAUUAUUUCUGCAAAAGAAAUGCUUCCUCCCUUGGAUUCACUUUUAAGUGCUGUACACUUGCUCUUAUGUGUAUGCGUUAGUUCAUUCUACCCUUUGCAUAACAUUACCAUAACUUUGUUGCAGAAAAGACAACAAACGACAGAAUAAACACUUUUCAUUGUAAAAAAACAAAAAACAA